AAAUAAUUUAGCAGUAUUCAAACUAAUGUCAGCUUCACAAACAAAUGGUUUGUAGAGGAAACUCUGCGUUGAGAUGUACACGGAAUUUAUUGUGUUUUGGUUGACUUUUAAUUCAUUGUCUGGUUUAGAAUGUGAUAGAGGAUAUUCUAGAACUGUCAGGGAGUUUGUUAAACAUCAUUUGAAACCAGUAUAUAAAACACAUAAUGUUGAAAUGCCAAGGUCAUGCCCGUUUCAUGGAGAGAGGGAUAUUUAUCAUAAACACGAGAGUCAUAAAACAGAGGAAGGGUACGGAAAAUGGGCAUGUGAUUACUGUGGUAAAAUGUUCUAUGCUGAGAUGUACCUAGAUAAACAUUUAAGCUACAAACAUUCUGACCAUAUGUAUGUUGGACCAGAUGCUGUAUGUUUGGCAGAUUACUGUGAUAUAUUUCGGUGUGAUAUCAUCUCUGGUAGGAUAGAGCCAAGUUUUUGGGACACGGCUCUCUGUAUAGAUGAUGAUAUGACUGACCUCAUUCUGAAGUGCAAUAGAGCAUUUUCUACAUGUGGGCCUGCUGAUGUUUCAAAAAAUAUAAGUCUAGUCAUUCUGAACAAAACCAAGUCCCAAGUGUGCUCAUCUCUUACAUGUAAUAAAUACUGGUAUACCGGUAAAAUAGAGCCUUCACAAUGGCGUAUGUUGCUUAAAACAUUUUUAACAGUGAUGUUGAUUGGUGGAAUGAUAGUUUAUUACUUUGUGGCUUAUCAUCAUUUCUAUACAGAUAUUAUGUUUGUACCAAAACCUGUGGGAAAAUUCAAACCAUAUGUGAAAGAUGUUCAUCAGGUACAAAGAAGAAAAUUCCGUAGAAAAUUGGUCAAAGGAUGGACAUGAUUUAUCUGGAUAUAUCAUUAUAUGAGCCGCGUCACAACAAAACCAACAUAAUGGGUUUAUUAUGGUUUUGUCAUGACGCGGCUCAUAUAUCUUUAUUGUAAAACUUUAAACAAGUGCAAUAUUGUCAGGGAAUAUGAACAAAUCUAUAACUUUAUGACUUGGUGCAAAAUUGUUUUAACUUGUAUGAAAUAGAGGAGUUGUAACUGUUUUCAAAGAAAUAACAAAUCAGAAUGUGAAAAAAAAAUGUGUCUUUUAAAAAAAAUUCUUUAAGCAGAUGAAUGUAGUAUUAUAUAUUUGUACUCUUUGUCUUAGAGGAAUUGAAAAAGUGGCCUUACAUAACAGGUCUUUCUCUAUUUGUUUAUUUUUCAUUGAUGGUCUCUUUAGACAGAUUUUAUUGUGUAUUUCAUAGAUUGAACAUCAAUCUCUGUAUAAAAAACACAAGUGAUAGGUUGUUCUAACAAUAAAUUGUUUAAGUACACAUGUACUUAGGAGCCACUUUCUGAGUUAAACAGUUUUUCAAAAACCUACUUCAUGUACAAGAAUUGAAAUUUAUAUUGAAAGAAAAAUAUGUAAGAAUUUUAAGUUAGGGCAGCUUCGUCUCUUUAUUGUCAAUUUUUAAGUUUUUAUAUGGAAAUCAUUAGAUACAAACAGGUAUUAGGGAGGGUUGGGUGGUCUAUAUUUGAAAUACAUUAUAGUAUUAGAAGUGGUAAAGUAGAAAUGUGUUCAGUAUUUUCAAAACCUUACUGUUACAUAUUUAAUUGUACAUUACUUUGUAUUUAUUGUUGUGAUAGAUAUAUAAAUGUUUCAGGGUACAAGGAUAAUUGAAGAUUUGACAAAUUCUUACUGUUUUAGAAUUUUAGUUUGAAUGAAUAGUUGGCUUAUAAUUUCCCCAUUAUUUUUUACCAAUUUGAACUAAACACUGCAAUAUUUGUUUGUGUAAAUAUAUCACCAUUUAUAUUUUGAUAAUAUUAUGACUCUUCAGAUUAUUUUAGUUUUCCAAUUUUUUUCUUUAAUGUUGUUUUUGUAUGAUAUCAAUACAGUAGCUGUUGAUUUUGUUAACGAUUAUAUAAUUAAAGGAGUUCAGCUGAAAUAUAAAAACAUUAAAAAUCAAUAUUUAGUGAGAUUCUUAAAAUAAUUUAAAAGUUCUUUAUUUCUAGGUUGUUUGAGAAAAUAGAAUUGAUCAUUCUGGAAAAAAGGAGUGGUCAAAUAUUUGAACCGCAAGACGACUUAUUGGUACAUUAUGUACAUGACUAACUCCAUUAAAUGGUAUAAAUAUCUAGAAAAUUAUAUUUUCAGCCCCAUCUUGUGAAAAAACACCAUUGGAGGUCCUAGAAAUCUGUAGUUUAAAUGAAAUGCUUAUAUUGUGUAAUACUAGAACAUGUAAAUGCUUCAUCUUGUGUAGAUAUCUCAUGCUGCAAAACAUGUAUAUGGCUGUGGAAUAUUGGAAAUGCUUUCUUUCAUAUUUAGAAAUUUUUAUGCCCCCCUUCGAAGAAGAGGGGGUAUAUUGUUUUGCUAAUGUCGGUCUGUCUGUCUGUCGGUAUGUCCGUCGGUAGACCACAUGGUUUCCGCUGAUUAUCUUGAAAAGUAUUUAUCACAAAGUCUUCAUAUUUCACAUAGUGAUUGGUCAUAACUAGUAGAUGACCCCUUUUGAUUUUGGGGUCACUAGGUCAAAGGUCAAGGUCACAGGGACCUUUAAUGUCAAAAUGGUUUCCACUGAUUAUCUUAAAAAGUAUGUAUCACAAAAUCUACAUAUUUCACACAGUGAUUGGUCAUAACUAGUAGAUGACCCCUAUUGAUUUUGGGGUCACUAGGUCAAAGGUCAAGCCCCUUCGAAGAAGAGGGGGUAUAUUGUUUUGCUAAUGUCGGUCUGUCUGUCUG